GGGGGGCCGAGGGGCUAUGGUGGUCUUUGUGGUGCAUUCGGCAGCUGGCGCAGGGCGGCUCACGCAGGCGGCGGGCGGCUCUUCCCCGACACCCCGCGCUCCGGCAGCAUCCGCAGACAACCAGCAGUGGCCACCGCCUGCCCACGCUGCAAGAUCCCCACCGCCACGGUCCCUGCUGGCCCAUGAAGUGAUUCAGGUGGGUGGCACAGCCCCUGCUCCUGCCGUAGCUGCCGCCGCCACACCGGGCACAGAGGUCUGCUGGCCAUGGGCAACCUGAUAAAGGUAUUGGGCAAAGAUUUAGAAAACUGUCCUCAUUUUUUCCUGGAUUUUGAAAGUUUCACAUGGGGAACCUUCUUAAAGUGUUGACUUAUAACGAACUUGACCAAGGCCCUAAUUUUUUCCUUGACUUUGAAAAUGCGCAGCCAACGGAGGCUGAGACAGCGGUGUGGAACCAGGUGAACGCCGUGCUGGAGGAGGCGCAGGCCAUCCUGGCCGAGCUGCAGUCCUACACGGGCGCUGGGCAGGAGAUCCGAGAGGCCAUCCAAAACCCCGGGGACCUGCGGCUGCAGGAGAGAGCCUGGAGUGCCGUCUGCCCCCUCGUUGCCAAGCUGAAACGCUUCUAUGAGUUCUCCCUGCGGCUGGAGAACGCCCUGCGGAGCCUGCUGGAGGCCCUCACCAGCCCCCCGUACGCCCCAACCCAGCACCUCGAGCGGGAGCAAGCCUUGGCCAAGCAGUUCGCCGAGAUCCUCCACUUCACCCUCAGCUUCGAUGAGCUCAAGAUGACCAACCCCGCCAUCCAGAAUGACUUCAGCUACUACAGAAGGACCAUCAGCCGAAAUCGCAUUAACAACCUGCAGCUGGAUGCGGAGAGCGAGGUGAACAACGAGAUGGCCAACAGGAUGUCCCUCUUCUAUGCCGAGGCCACCCCCAUGCUCAAAACGCUCAGCAAUGCCACCACCAAGUUCGUUUCGGAGAACAAGACUCUCCCGAUCGAGGACACGACCGACUGCCUGAGCACCAUGGCCUGUGUCUGCAGGGUGAUGCUGGAGACCCCGGAGUACCGGAGCCGCUUCACCAACACUGAGACCCUCCUCUUCUGCAUGCGGGUGAUGGUCGGCGUCAUCAUCCUCUAUGACCACGUCCACCCCGUGGGGGCCUUCGCCAAGACCUCCAAGAUCGAUAUGAAAGGCUGCAUCAAAGUCUUGAAAGACCAACCCUCAACCAGCACCGAAGGGCUCCUGAACGCACUGAGGUACACCACUCGGCACCUCAAUGAUGACACCACAUCCAAACAGAUCCGGGCCCUGCUGCAGUGAGCGCAGGGCGGCCGCCAGAGCCACCCCGACCUCACACACGUCACCGUGUCACCUACGCCCAUGACCAUAUCGCUCAUUUUCUACAGAGGGAAAAGGGACAAUAAGAAAUACACAGAAAUACAAAAAGAAAAUCAAAAAGGCCCAAGGCCACCCCCAAAUACGGUCCUGCUCCUCCUUCCCACCCCCCAAAUCAGCACCCGAUUACUGGACACAAGGUGGGGGUGGCACUGUGGGGACAUCGUGCUGGGGGUGCUGGGGCCGGGCAGGAUGGACGCGGGCAGGGAUGCGCCGAUGGGGCUGGUGGCAGCGAGCGCCCAUGGCACGGGGGCACCUUGGGGUGGGGGGAAAGGGGCAGGCGUCGCCCCGUCCCCAUCCUCGUCCCCGAGCAUCUGGCUGCAGAGGAGGAGGAAUAAGCAUCCCUGCAGAUCUGCACUGACUCUGGUGGAAACGGCUCAGUCUCACUUGGUAGAUUUUUAAUAUGAGCAAUUAAAUCUCCACUCACCUCUUCUUUUCUACAUUUUUUUUUGGGUGUGAAAUAAAAUGACAUUUAAUCUGUUUGUGGCCA